CCAUAUUUUCCCACCCCUCCUCAGUGACUCCCACUUCCCCGAUACAUUUCUUCCUUUCCUCCUUCUUACCAGCCAACGCAUACCAUCCACCAUGUCUGACGUCGCUGAGACCAAGCCCGACCCCACCACCAGCGCUCCUGAGGGCGCUGAGAAGCCCGAGGAGACGACCACCACCGCCCCCGAAGAGACCAAGACCGAGGAGAAGCCCGAGGAGUCCAAGUCGGUGACUGAGUCCGCUGCCGAGGCCGUUAAGGACACUGCCACCAAGACCACCGACAGCGUCUUCUCCAUGUUCGGCGGUGGCCCCAAGAAGGAGAAGCAGGAGGAGCCCGAGGAUGCUAAGGACGAGCCCUCCGGCUCUUCCAAGGCCCAGAAGGGUGAAGAUGAGGACGAGGCCCCCGAGUCCCCUGAGGUUCACUUCGAGCCCGUCAUCCGCCUGACCGAGAAGGUGGAGACCAAGACCAACGAGGAGCUGGAGGAGCAGACCUUCAAGAUGCGUGCCAAGCUUUUCAGAUUCGACCGUGACAGCAAGGAGUGGAAGGAGCGUGGUACCGGUGACGUCCGCCUGCUCAAGCACAAGGAGAACCAGAAGACCCGCCUCGUGAUGCGCCGCGACAAGACCCUCAAGGUCUGCGCUAACCACUACAUUGUUCCCGAUAUGAAGUUGAGCCCCAACGUUGGCAGUGACCGCAGUUGGGUCUGGAACGCUACCGCUGAUGUCAGUGAGGGUGAGCCCGAGGCGCAGACCCUGGCCAUCCGUUUUGCCAACAGUGAGAACGCCAACCUCUUCAAGGACGCUUUCGAGAAGGCCCAGCAAGAGAACGAGAAGCUGCUUAGCCAGCAGUAAGCAGGUUCCUGGCCUCGGAUUUUCCUGGUCAUCAGUGAUAUAGAGGGCUAUUGUUAAUGAACAUUUUGAUUCCCUUUCCCCCAGCAUAACGAGUCUGAUGUGGACUGCUCAUGAAAGACCUAUUUCACCUUCAUCCCGACUUAUCUUUUGUUUCCCCCUUUCUCUUCUCACAAGCAUCAAGCUCCUUACCAUUUUCACUGCCCCUGCUUGAGAAAACAGAAUUAAUGACGCCGGUCAUGGCGAGACCAUGAGUCGAUGCAUGCAUGGGUCCUUGGUUUUCGGCCAUGUGGUCCCUUGCAUGUCGUGCGACGACUUGGUACACAGUAGAUAGACAUCACAUGCCCCCAAAAUAUACGUAUGAAAUUCACGAAGUCUCUGCCUGCACCUAUUGUACCUUUACAAUCGAUCGAUAGAGUUUGACUUGGCUCUCCCUGCUGAUGAUAAUGGUAGUGGAGGGAUUU